GCGAAAUUCCUGACUUUUCUGCGAGGAGCAGGGUUGGAUGGGAAGUUAUCUCGAUAAAACUGGCAAUUAGGUUGACAUUGUCGAUACUUGGCGUCAUCAGUGUUGCUCGCAAGUCACUUCUUCGAUCUGUCUUAGGCGCAGUCAACUCGAGCGAGCGUCGUUCAUAUUACAAGAGAGACACAUCUUCAUCUUGCUAACUGUAAGCUAGGUAGCAUUAGGUAGCUAACACUAGCAUGUCACAUUUUGCCUUGUCUUGUGUUUAUCUUUGUAGCUAGCAAGAUCUCAGGUGUUUCAGAAAGUAGCUGGCGCUUGCUGACGUUAAACAUUUCGGAGAAGAGCUGCAUAGGAAUCAUCGCUGUGCAUCGGCUUGUCAGUCCAGACUGCUGCUGCUGUGCCGACUGACUGAGAGUUCCUCUUCAGUGGUGUGAAUGAGGGAGACAUGGCAGACCACACCCCACCUCUGGAGUCCGGCCAGCUGCUCAGCACUGAACUCCCUAUCAUGGCCUCACCACCACCCCCAACCAUGGUCAACGGGGAGGGCCCCCAGCAGGUAAUCCUGGUGCAGGUAAACCCAGGUGAGGCCUUCACUAUUAGACGAGAGGAUGGUCAGUUUCAGUGUAUCACAGGUCCUGCUCAGGUUCCCAUGAUGUCUCCAAAUGGUUCAGUGCCUCCAAUCUAUGUGCCUCCUGGAUACGUUUCACAGAUCAUAGAAGAGAACGGAGUGCGGCGGGUUCUGGUUUUACCUCAGCAACCAGAGUUCCACCCAGGGGGCCACUCCCCUCUACACCACCCUCCACCCCCACCCCAUGCCCACCUGCCUGCCUUCAUCCCACACCCUGCCAUGAUGCCCCCGCCACCCCACCUGUACACAGGCAUGGCGGGGGGCGUGGGUGACAUGGGCUCUCAGUACAUCUCCCAGUACCAUCCAGCUCAUAUCUACUCAGAGCAGGUCUCUACAGAUUCUCACUCCCAACAUGGACGCCCGCCGUUUGUCCACAGAGAUGACAGAACUAGCAAAACAUAUGAGCGUCUGCAGAAGAAACUGAAAGAGCGCCAGGGAGGUGGAGGAGGAGGGCAAGUGAAGGACAGCCCUCCCCCUUCGCCACAGAAGACUUGCAGCAGCCCCCCGACAGUGGAUAUUCACAACGGCGUUGGAUUAAAAGGGCUGGAGGUGGAGCAGGGGCAGCUCGGCCAUGCAGUUGCCGGCCCUGACAAGCAGACAGGCAUGGGCAAAAAUGGAGAUCCAGGAGAGCUAGAUGAGGAAGCUCAGGCCCUGCAAGCACUAUUGAGCACCGUCAGUGCACCAGUGGUGUCUGACAUCCAGGCUAGAGGAGCAGUAGUGAGCUGGGGUGUGCCCUCCAGGCCAGAGAGUGAGAAUGGCAGCGUGGAAGAUGACUGCAGCCUCCUGGAGCCCUUCAGCUAUGAGGUUUCUGUCUCAUUUAGUGGCAAAGAUGGGAAGUACAAGAGUAUGUACUGCGGGGAAGAACUAAGUGCUACUUUAGAAGACCUUCGACCAGCAACAGACUAUCAUGUCAGGGUCCAGGCCAUAUGUAAUUGUUUACAGGGAAGCCCGUCGGAGGCUGUGAGCUUCACCACUUUAAGCUGUGAGCCAGAUCCUCCUAAUGCUCCCAGAAAAGCCAGUGGGACCAAGAACACACUUGUACUCCAGUGGAAGGCUCCUUGUGAUAACGGUUCCAAAAUUCAAAACUACAUUCUUCAGUGGGAUGAGGGGAAGGGCACUGGGAUUUAUGAACAGUGCUAUUAUGGACCUCAGAAGCAGUACAGAGUGACCAAGCUUUCACCAGCUUCAAGAUACUCCUUCCGCCUUGCAGCCAAAAAUGACAUGGGUGUAAGCGAGUUCAGUGAAGUGGUGGACCUGUUCACCUCAUGCAGUGUGCCAUUGCCACCCUUCCCUCCAGAGCUGGAGAUGGCGGGGGUGACCUGGCUGUGUAUGAAGUGGCAGAGGCCCACUAGCUCUCCAAAGGAGGAUGACAUCUACUAUGUUUUGGAGAUGGAGGAGGAAGGCUCGGGAUAUGGCUUCCAGCCAAGCUAUGAUGGUGAGGAGCUCUCCUGCACAACCAGGAAUCUCCACAGGAGUACCAAGUACAAGUUUAGGGUGGCAGCAUACAACUCAGAGGGGAAAAGUAACCCCAGCCAGGUGGUCGAGUUCAUCACGAACCCUGACAGACCCAGCAGUCCCUGCAGGCCUGUCAUCAAAGGAAGAGUGCUGUCCAACAGCUUCAAGAUGGCCUGGGAGCCCCCAAAAGAUAAUGGUGGAGCAGAAGUCACAAAGUAUGUUGUGGAGUUGUCUGAGGGCUUAAGCGGUUUGUCAUGGGAGCUGGUGUACUCGGGGCCAGCUAUGGAGCACGUGUGUGAAGGCUUGAAGCCCGGCUGCUCCUACCAGACCCGAGUGUACUGCAUAAGCGAGGGGGGGCAGAGCCCGCUGUCGGAGACCCUGCAGGUUCAGACUCCCGCAGUGCCCCCAGGGCCCUGCCAGCCCCCUCGGCUGGUGGGCAAGCCCAAAGCCAGGGAGGUGCAACUGCGCUGGGGUCCCCCUCAGGUGGAUGGAGGCAGCCCAGUGUCCCUCUACAGUGUAGAAGUGAGUGGGCCGCAGUCUGAGGAAAGCAGGGAGGUUUACCAGGGUCCAGAGCUAGACUGCUCUGUGGGAGGCUUAAUGCCUGGCAAAACCUACAGCUUCCGGCUCAAAGCAGCGAACAAGGCUGGGUUUGGACCUCUUUCAGAGCGCUGUGAGGUUACAACUGGCCCCGGGGCCCCUGAGCAGUGCAAGCCUCCUUCAACCACAUGCAAAUCCCCAAGUUGUGUUGUUGUGAGCUGGGAGGCCCCAUCUUGCAACGGUGCUCCGGUGACAGAGUUUCGUCUUGAGUGGGGAGCUGCUGAGGGCACUAUGCAGGUGUGUUACAGUGGAGCAGGGUUCAGCCAUGAAAUGAAGGGGCUGCUUCCUGCAACCAGCUAUUUCUGCCGGGUACAGGCUGUAAAUGUGGCUGGUGUGGGGCCGUUCAGCGAGGCAGUGUUGUGCCAGACGCCCUGUUCUGUGCCUGCAGCCGUCAGCAACAUCUACUCGCUGAAAGAGUCCGAGCUGCAAAGGUACGAGACUCCAGUCGACGCAGAUGAAGACGAGGAAGAAGAGGAUGGUGAUUCCCGGGCACCACCACUCUACUCUCCAUCCACCUGCCUGGGCAUUAGCUGGGAUCCCCCAUGUGAUCACGGCUCUGAGAUAACAUCCUACCUGAUUGAUCUUGGAGAGCGCCAGCCGAUCGUUGUUGGUUCUGUCACCAGACACAUCAUCCAGCAUCUGCAGCCUGACACCAGCUACAGGAUCCGAAUCCAAGCCCUGAACAGCCUGGGAGCAGGCCCCUUUAGUCACACCUUUAAGCUGAAGACAAAACCCCUGCCUCCACAACCACCCCGCCUGGAGUGCACCGCCUUCAGCCACCAGACCCUCAGGCUCAAGUGGGGCGAUGGCUCAGCCAAAGCCGUCACCUCAGACGCCCUCCAGUAUCAACUGCAGAUGGGGGACAAGAGCGGCAGAUUUAUAUCCUUGUAUAAAGGACCAUGCCACACACAUAAAGUCCAGAGGCUUAAUGAGUCUACCUCUUAUACGUUCCGCAUCCAGGCCUUUAAUGAGGCGGGCGAAGGGCCCUUCUCCAAUGUUUACACAUUCACCACUCCACGCUCUCCUCCAGCCCCAGUGAAAGUUCCUAAAGUGGAGCGUCUGGAUGACAUCUCCUGUGAAGUCACAUGGGAAGCCCUGCCGCCCAUGAAGGGGGACCCGAUCAUCUAUACCUUGCAGUGCAUGAUGGGGAACUCCGAGUUUAAACAGGCCUACAAAGGCUCUGCCACAUCCUUCCAUGUCCACAAUCUGCAGCCCAAUAGCGACUACCGUUUCCGGGUGUGUGCUAUCAGGCAGUGCCAGGAGGCCCCUGAACUCAGUGGCCCCUACAGCCCCACAGUGACCCUCUCUCCCCAGCGGAAUGACGUGGCAGUAGGCGGCGGCUCGGCCGGCUCGGGGUCCAGGGCUGGCACAGAGGCCAACCGAGCCAGACGGAGCUUGACAGACGAGCAGUGUGCUUUCCUCCUCCUCAUGGUUUUUGCCGUCAUUGCCAUCCUCAUCGCUUUUGUCAUCCAGUACUUUGUCAUUAAAUAAGCAGUUUGUGCCACCCAGCUGCAGGGUUAUAGCUUUAUUCUUUCCCCCUCUCUCUGUUGUUUUGUAUUCUUUGUUUUGUACUUAUCAUAUUCCGCUGUCAACAUAGUAAUCGCAUUAGCUGCAUUGGGGUGCAGCAGGAGGGAGGGCUGGUGAGUGACAGCCCAAUGGUGGUAAGAAAUUGACAAUGUAAUACUUUAUUAAGCACCUGUGAUACCUUCCUGACUCUCCUGCCUUUGUCAGCCUGUCCCAACUUUUUGGUAUCUGUUGUUCAGUUCAGAUUUCUUUUUCAUGAUCAGCUUCCCUGCGCAAAUGGAUGGAAAGAGCAGGGAUAUAGUUUAUUUUAGGAAGAGGGUCAGGGUCGAAGAGGUGCUUUGACUCAUG